AUGCCAUUUGAAAAUCUUUCAUCGGGAUUAUUAUUUAAUAGUUGGAUAGAAAUAAUUUCUGAUGCAUAUCGACGUGCAACUGCUACAACUAAUGUAUCUACACAAGCAAUAACAUCGUCAACUGGUCUUUCACCAUUAAGCACUACAUCAGCAUUAAUGAGUACGAAAAAAGAUGGUAUUAGUACUGAUGGACAAAUUAAAGGAUUUGAUGGAAAAAAGCGGGAUUAA